AUGCCUGGAGAUAGCGAAUCGAGCGGGACUUCACAGUCAAGCAAUACAUCAUACGUGAGUACUGUUAAUUCUAUGCCUUUACCAGAAAUCAGUCGGAUUACAAUAAAAGCACCGACAUUCGUUAAGAAAGAACCGGAUUUAUUUUUUAUACAAAUGGAAGCACAAUUCAUUAACGGUAGCAUUACUCGCGACAAUUCGAAGUAUAAUCAUGUAAUAUCUGUUCUCGAACCUGAGUAUUUAUCAAUGGUUUCUGACUUGAUUCGUAGUCCUCCCGCGGAAAACAAAUAUGAAUCACUUAAAAACCGUCUAAUUAGUGAAUACACUCAAUCUGAUCAAAGGAAACUCAGAGUUUUACUCACUGAAAUCGAACUUGGUGAUGACAAACCGUCAUAUUUGCUACGCAAAAUGCGUGAUUUAGCCAAAAAUGCUCUCACCGAUGAGGCAAUCAAGUCCCUUUGGAUUGAACGUUUACCGGAAAACGUUCGUGCCGUCGUGGCAAUUUCAAACGACGACCUCAAUACCUGUGCUACCUUAGCAGAUAAAGUUGUCGAAUUGACUGCCCCAAAACUAAUUUCGGAGAUCAAAUCGGAUAACACACUCCUUCAAUUGAACGCUCGUAUCGAUGAAUUAGCCAAAUCUUUUCGCGAAUUUAGAGCGAGCAGAAACAAUAGUCCAAAUAAAUCCCAGAAGUCACACAAUUCGAGUCGUUCACGUUCCAAAUCUCGUAAUAAAAGACCGUAUUGUCGAUUUCAUUAUCGUUUUGGGGCCAUGGCACGCAAGUGUGAACAACCAUGCGCAUUCAAAAAGCCCGACGAUAAAAACGAAGUGGGUCUGAAUUAUUCUCGCCGCUUAUUUGUCACAGAUCGUUCAAAUUGCCGCAAAUACUUAGUUGACACCGGAGCAGAUUUCUCCGUUUUACCUCGAAAUUUGUUCAAUAAAUUAAAAAUUCCCGAUAGCUAUAAACUUUUCGCCGCAAAUGGCACACCCAUAGCUACUUUCGGUUAUUUCACUUCUUCAGUCGACCUUGGACUUCGACGUAAUUUCACGUGGUCAUUUCUCAUCGCCGAUGUAGCAAAGCCAAUAUUAGGUGCAGAUUUUCUCAAUGAAUUUGGCCUCUUAGUUGACAUCAAGAACAAGCAAUUAAUCGAUGCGAAAACUAAGUUACGCACCAAAUGCAAUUCUCAAUUAAUUCAAUAUGAAAGAGUCAACACUAUUGACGACAACUCGAUUUUUAGCGAUUUAUUGCAACAAUUCAAAGAUCUUACGCUUCCCCCUACUUUCAAUAAAGGUAAUAAUCUGAAACAAAGUUCAGUCAAACAUCAGAUUAUUACAAGUGGACAACCAGUCUUCUCCCGUGCUCGGCGUCUUAAUCCAGAAAAGCUAGCAAUAGCAAAAAAGGAAUUCGAACUGAUGAUCAAAGCUGGUAUUUGUCAACCAAGCAAAAGUCCUUGGGCAAGCCCCUUGCAUAUGGUUCAAAAAAAGACAGGACAGUGGCGCCUUUGUGGCGAUUAUCGCAUGCUCAAUGCUAUCACCACGCCAGAUCGAUACCCUUUACCUCACAUUCAAGAUGUGACACACAUUUGUGCUAAUAAGGAAAUUUUCUCAAAGAUUGAUCUCGUAAGUGCUUACAAUCAAAUUCCAAUUGCCGAAGAAGACAAAGAAAAAACAGCAAUUAUUACCCCUUUUGGUCUCUUCGAAUUCAAUGUAAUGACAUUUCGUUUGAGAAACGCAUCUCAAACUUUUCAACGUUUCAUGAAUAAUUUAUUCCAUGAUUUACCUUUCGUAGUAGUCUACAUCGACGAUAUUUGCAUCGCCUCUAGAGACACCGAGGAGCACAAAAAUCAUAUACGCUUAGUUUUUGAACGCUUACGCGAAGUAAAUAUUAAAAUCAAUCUAGCAAAAUGCACCUUCGCAAUUAAACAUCAUCGAUUUAUGAUCGAAGGACGCGAAUGCAUUGUGUACACUGAUCACAAACCACUCAUUUUCGCAUUUUCUCAAAAACCCGAACAAGCUUCGCCACGCCAAUUACAACAAUUGGACUUUAUUGGUCAAAUGACCACGGACAUACGCCACAUUUCAGGCGAAGACAACAUAGUAGCAGAUGUCUUAUCUAGAAUUGAGGAAGUCAGUUGUGACAAAUUUUCUUUCGACCUUCUUGCACAGUCACAAAUUAAUGAUCACGAACUGCAACUAAUUCUUGAUGGAAAAUCCAAACAUUCUCUCGCUCUGAGCAGAAUCUCUCUACCCAAUUCACAACUACACUUAUAUUGUGACACUUCAACAAAAGUUAUUAGACCUUUUGUUGUCGAGAACCUCCGUAGACAAGUUUUCAACCUUGUGCACGGGUUGUCACAUCCCGGUAAAAUAGCUACCAUCAAACUUGUAACUGAACGUUACAUAUGGCCAAAUGUCAAAUCUGAUGUCGCCAAGUGGACAGCGCAAUGUAUACCUUGUCAAAAGAGUAAAAUUCAUAAACACAACAAAGCUGCACUGGUUAAUUUCAAUGUUCCCGAUGGUCGUUUUAGACACAUCAACAUCGAUUUGAUAGGACCACUCCCUACCAACAACAAUUUUCGUUAUUGUUUGACGUGUAUUGAUCGUUUUUCUCGCUGGCCCGUAGCCAUUCCCAUCGAAAAUAUGACGGCUGAAACUGUAGCCGAAGCUCUUAUUCAUGUGUCACAAAGACAAGCGUUGGUAUGA